AUGGAUCAGGAGAUUAUCCAAGAGCUCACCAAACUCAGCCAACAGUCUUUGCCCAUUUUCCAAGGAGUGGAGACCAGCAAAAGGACUCAGGCUGACACCUGUGCCAGGCAAUGGCUACAAUACCAGGGCAACUGCUAUGGAUACUUUGACACUAAGAUGACCUGGCCAGAGGCUGAGAUUGAGUGCCAAACUUACCAGCGUGGGGCCCACCUUGCCUCUCUUCUCAGCCAUGCUGAGAUCCUGGUGGUGGCCAACCAUAUCUCUGCUUACCAGACUGAAGUCAGUGAUGUCUGGAUUGGACUGCAUGAUAUCCGACACAAUGGGAGGUGGAGAUGGUCAGAUGAAUCUACCUACAACUACAAAGCGUGGAUGAUGGGUGCUCCGAACAACCUGGAGAAAAAUGAGUACUGUGUUGAGCUGAAGCAUUCCACAGACUUCACACAAUGGAAUGAUGCCAAGUGCCACAAACUCAAUGCUUACAUCUGCAAGCAUGAACUGUAGAGACUCAACUGAGCCUACAAGAAACACAGGACUGAAAUGAAGAGCAAUCUUUGAGAAAGGGCAGAAUUCUCCAAGACAUCUUGAAAGCUUGCAUUUUUAAAGGAACAGAUGUUCUAGAACAACUGAUGCAGAUCCCACCCAAUCCCAACAAUAUUUCUCAUCCCAAAAGGUCCCUACUAUAAUUUAUAU